AUAAGGCAGGAUGGGGUUAAAAUGGAGUUGCUGAGCUAACUGCAUAUUGUUUUGCUUUUGUGCAAAAUGCUUUGGCUUGCAAAAUGCUGUUAUGAGAUAAUUGAACUAUAGCUGACCUUGUGACAUGUGAUAAUUGUUUUAAGUUUUAAAAACCACAAAAACAGAAGUUGAUCGGAAAUGUACCCAACCUAUGUCAUGAUGACCCCAUAUUUGUGCUUACUCAAGUACCUUGUGAUCUGUACCCUGGAAAAACCCUUUACCUUGUGAUAAUUUGUCAUGCUGUGGUUUAUCUUGUGAUCUUUUGUAAUGAUGUGGAGAUAUGCUAAUGUUGUGGUUUUAAUCCUUAAAUACUCUGUGCGGUUGAUGAUCGGGGCCUCUCUUCUCGCACUGCACCAGAGGGUGCUGUUGUGCUUAGAGUUGGCCCAUCUGCGCAGAUGUAAUAAACUUCCUCAUGCCCUUUGCAGCGAUUGGAAUGGAAUUCGUGUUUCUGGGGUCGGUAGAAGUGUGGGACACCUUUUGGGGUCUUACAUUCUUGGGGGCUCAUCCGGGAUUUGAGACCCCAGACCCACGCUCCAUUUUCCAAUCGGAGGCUUUGCUUAAAUGUUCACCUCCCGGGGCUUCGAAGGCUUCCAAGAGGAGCAGUCCCCGGCUUUGCUCUCCGACCUCUCUGCCAUGGAGUCAGCACCUGACAGCAGCCCAGGGAGCUACGACCCUGGGACUGUGGCUGUGAAGGAGAAGCUCCGGGAGAAGCUCCGGGGGCCAGAGGGCAGCCGAAGUGGCAGCCGGGGCAGCUACAAUCCCCUGCAGUACCAGGUGGCACACUGCGGGCAGACGGCUGUCCACCUGCCUCCGACCUUGACGGCACCAGGCCAGCCCCUGUGCGUCCCCGAGGCCCCCUUGGCCACCAUCGUGCCCCCCAACAGCCCCCUCAAGGCGCCCUCCCCGGCUGACCCCUCGCAGGAGGACAAGGAGGCAGUGAACAAGGACUGCCUGGAAUACCGGCUGUGGCGGGAGCGCAACAAUAUCGCCGUGCGCAAGAGCAGGGACAAGGCCAAGCGGUGCAUCCUGGAGAUACAGCAGUACAUGGCAGAAAAUGAGCAGCUGCGCAGCCGCGUAAGGCAGCUCACGCAGGAGCUGGAUAUCCUGCGCAGGUGUUUGAGAGCUAUUAUAAAUUUGUUGUCAUUGGUCAGCACAGAAAUUAAAAAUUAAGGUCAUAAAAAA